GCGGCCGCAGCUGCACAUGUUCUGAGAGAGCUGCGAACAUCAGAGAGAAGUGGAUGGCAAAACAGGAGGUGGGAGUGGAGAACAGAUGACCAGAAAGGUAGACGUGUGUGCGUGUGUGUGUGUUUCCAAACAGACGAAGGCGCCGCUGCAGAUCAGAUCACCAGGGAAGAGGAAGAUGAACAGCAGGAGUUUUGAUGUAUUUUCUCCACAUUUGAAGUCUGAAAUCAGUCAAGUCUGAAGUCUGAGGAAAAGCUGAUGGUUUCAACUUCAUCCGCAGCUGCUCGUGCUGCGUUCUGGGACUGACCCGAACUCUGGCUUGUUCUCCGCGCGUCCUGACCAAGAAAUGGGUGAAAUCUGUUCUUCGCUUUUCAGUCGCGCGGUUUUGUCGAAGAGAAAAGUGCGAUCGACCUUUUUCUACGGCUCCGUCGAAAAAUCCUCCGGGGCGUCCCUCCUGGCGUGUAACAUUUUCCACAUCGGAGGAACCGUGGCCGUGCCACACAAAUGCCGACUCUCCCAAACUGUGGAGCGAUGCAUGAGUGUGAUGCAGUCCGGGACGCAGAUGGUGAAGCUGAAGGCGGGAUCCAAAGGACUGGUACGACUCUUCUACCUGGAUGAGCAUCGCUCCUGCAUCCGCUGGAGGCCUUCACGCAAGAGCGAGAAAGCAAAGAUCACCAUAGAUUCCCUUUACAAGGUGACGGAGGGCGGUCAGUCGGAUAUCUUCCACCGGUAUGCAGACGGAAACUUCGAUCAGGCUUGCUGCUUUACGGUUUACCAUGGAAACCACAUGGAGUCCCUUGACCUGGUGACGUCGAAUGCAGAGGAGGCCAGAACCUGGAUCACGGGCCUCCGCUACCUGAUGGCCGGGAUUAGCGACGAGGACUCAUUGGCCAAGCGACAACGCACACACGACCAGUGGAUGAAGCAGACGUUCGAAGAAGCGGACAAAAACGGAGAUGGCCUUCUGAACAUCGACGAGAUCUACCAACUUCUUCACAAGCUGAAUGUCAAUCUGCCACGCAGGAAGGUCAAGCAAAUGUUUCAGGAAGCAGACACCGACGAUCAUCAGGGCACGCUGACGUACGAGGAGUUUUCCGUCUUCUACAAGAUGAUGUCUCUGAGACGGGACUUGUUCCUGCUCAUGAUGGCGUACAGCGACAGGAAGGACCACCUGACGGCGGAGGAGCUCGCCAACUUCCUGCGCAACGAGCAGAAGAUGACCAACGUGACGUCAGAGUAUGUUGCAGAAAUUAUCGACAAGUUUGAAGUAUCAGAUGAAAACAAACGAAGAGGCGUUUUGGGGAUAGAAGGCUUCACGAGUUUCAUGCGCAGCCCGACGUGCGACAUCUUCAACCCUCUGCAUCACGAGGUGAACCAGGACAUGGAGCAGCCGCUGUGCAACUACUUCAUCGCCUCCUCCCACAACACGUACCUGACCGGAGACCAGCUCCUCUCACACUCCAAGACGGACAUGUACGCCUGGGUGCUGCAGUCCGGCUGCCGCUGUGUGGAAGUGGAUUGUUGGGACGGACCCGACGGAGAGCCGAUGGUGCAGCACGGAUACACCCUGACGUCCAAGAUAACAUUCAAAUCCGUUAUAGAGACCAUCAACAAAUACGCCUUCAUAAACAACCAAUACCCGGUGAUCCUGUCCAUUGAGAACCACUGCAGCAUCCAGCAGCAGAAGAAGAUUGCCGAGUACCUGCGGGAAAUCUUUGGAGACAAACUGGAUGUGGGAGAGAUGCUGAGCAGAGACUCCAAGACACUGCCCAGUCCGCACAGCCUGCAAGGGAAGAUCCUCAUCAAAGGGAAGCGCCUGCCUGCCUAUCUGUCUGCGGACGCCGAGGAGGGGGAGGUGUCUGACGAUGACAGCGCCGACGAAAUUGAAGAGGACUUCAAACUCAAGAGCAGCAAUGGCAACGGCAAUCACCAAGUGGAGUCUCACAUCAGAAAGAAACUGGAUUCUCUUCUGAAGGAGUCUCGGAUCGUGGACAAGGAGGACACCGACAGCUUCAGCAUCCGAGCUCUGCUCCGAGCCACGCACCAGGGCCUUCAGAAGAACCUGCGCCAGAGCUCAAAAGGAGUUCUGAAGAAAUCCCAAAGCAGAUCCCUUAUCACAACAUUCAAACAGAAGAGGCACUCCAAGUCCAGGCUGGCAUGUCAAAGCGUGGAGAAGGAGGAAGAGGUUCAGGAAAGGUCUGGGAGAGAGGCUGGCGGACAAUUCAACAGGGGCGGACGGAAGAGGAAGACAAUGAAACUAAGUCGAGAUCUGUCAAACCUGGUGGUGUUCACCAAUUCUGUCGCCUCGCAGGAGUGCUUAAAUGAAGGGACUCCAGGUGACGUUUUGUCUUUCAGUGAGACCAGAGCGCAAUCUCUGGUCAAUCACAGGGCCGAGCAGUUCCUGGCUUUCAACCAGAGGCAGCUGUCGAGGAUUUACCCCUCGGCCUAUCGCAUCGACUCGUCUAAUUUUAACCCGCAGUUCUACUGGAACGUUGGUUGUCAGUUGGUUGCACUAAACUAUCAAACAGACGGGAGGAUGAUGCAGCUCAACAGAUCCAAGUUCAUGGUGAAUGGAGAUAUUGGUUACGUCCUCAAGCCCCCUCCCAUGUGUAAAGGCUCCUUCAACCCAUUCAGUGAUGACCCACUUCCAGCUUACCCCAAGAAACAGCUCAUACUCAAGAUCAUUAGUGGACAGCAGCUGCCCAAACCACCGGACUCCAUGCUGGGGGACCGCGGCGAGAUCAUCGAUCCAUUCGUUGAAGUGGAGAUCAUUGGUUUGCCCAUUGACUGCUGCAAGGAACAGACGAGAGUUGUUGAUGACAACGGUUUUAAUCCAGUGUGGGAGGAGACUCUGUCCUUCACACUUCAUAUGGCUGAGCUGGCUCUUGUGCGUUUCCUUGUCUGGGACCACGACCCGAUUGGACGAGACUUCAUUGGUCAACGGACUGUUGCCUUCAGUAGCCUGAUGCCUGGUUACAGACAUGUCUACCUGGAGGGCCUGACUGAGGCGUCCAUCUUUGUGCACGUGUCAGUGCAUGAUGUCUAUGGGAAGGGUCACCAACUACGAGGCAUUCGAGGUUUCUUCAACCGUUCCUCCAAGUCCUCUGUAGACACGAACGCCUCUGGUCUUCGGAAGCGCUCUAUUAGUGAUCACCUCCUGCGUCGAACAGCCAGCGCCCCAGCAAAGGGGCGGAAGAAGACUAAGAUGGCGCUAUCGGAGUCUGUGGCUUCGAUAUCUGAUCACAGGAAUGGCACUGAUGCUGGGGCUUCAGGAGGAGAAGGGCUCUCAGCGAGGGCAGAAGGGGCAGAGAAGCCACUUCAACCUCGAGCCCCUCUUGUCCAUAGACCCAUUUCCAUGCCACUAGACAGACUUCUGCAAGGGCAGCUGUCAAUCUGCUCCCCAGACAAGGAACAGCAUGAUGUGGGUGCAGACACCAUCAUCGGAGCUUCCCGAUUCGACAGGCCCAGGUCUUCCACCGUGGACGCUUUCUUUGACCCUUCGUUUUCUGUUAAAUCGCUUGUCUCUACCCCUUCAAAGACAAACAGAAAGAAAGAGCGCGAUCAAACAAAGGAGACUUCCUAUCUGGUUACUGGUGGUGGGGGGAUAAGAAAGGAAGAAGUAUAUGUCAAUUACCAGUCAGAACAAAGCAAAUCCAAUAACUUCCCCAAAGAAAUAGAGAAAGCUGACUCUAUGUCUCCUUUAACAAAUAGCCAAACAACAUCAGAUAAACCAGAAUCAUCAUCAAAUAGUACAACAUUCACUCUUGCACCGUCAAGCUCCUCCUCCUCUUCCUCUGCACCUUCAUCUUUGCCAGCUGUUUCUGGAACAAGCUUUGCUCCCAGCUCUUUACAUGAUAGCACUAUAUCUAGACUCAUUGACGGAGUGUCUUUAGGCAACGAACAAGGCACUUGUUGCUCCGUUUCUGCUUUAAUUGAUCAGUUUGAAUGCACUGGUGAUCUAAGGAAUUUAACUACACCAUCUCAGACCAUCACCUCAUCCCACUUGAACUUUAGAGCUACUUCACCUAAUUUCCGAAAAGAUCUAAGGUCUCCUCUCAUAAACAAAAUGGCAUCUGCUAAAAACAAACCGUUGACAAACUCCCAAAAGUCAAGUCAUGUACACAGUAGCAUUUGUUCACCCAACAAGAAUAGAGAUAAACUUGCUGCAGCUCUCUUCUCGAGCCCAGAAACAGCUGACCUUGAAGAGGUCUACACUAUCCUGGAUGAAGACGUUUUGACACCUGUGUCCGUGUACAACCUGAGGAAGCAGACAGUCCAUGUUCAAGCAGAUACUACAGGGAGCACGCCUUCCAGCAGUCUGGGGUCCUCACCUGUAAAAACUAUCCAAAACGUAGAGAAAGGAGGCAGUGUGGAAAGAAUGUGGGGUGACAGACAAGAAGUUGCAGAGCCAGAGGAGAGGGUUUACGAGGAGGUGGAAGAUGCUCCAUUUACAGCACCUAAAACAGAACGGGGUGCUUCUGAAAGGUACAUGAGCUCCUUCUCCAGUGACUGCGUUCAGAUUCUCCACCAUUCAACUGGAGAGUCAUUUACAGAAGUGGAGCUAAACGUUGAUGAAGAUCCAUUGCAGAUCAUGCCAAACCAAAGCAAGCAGUGGGGUAGGCUUUCAAGUCCAGUUAAACACCAAGCUAUUUACCAAAAUCACGACUUCUCUCGAAAGUAUUCCCAACCACCGAACCCAACACAAUCAUCUCAUCUAGCAUCUUCACAAUUUUCAUUCCCAGUGAAUAAGCAAUGCCGUCAAAUGACUAAUCACCAUCAACAAAACAGCUCACAACUUCCACUAGGUCAGAGUUAUAUCAGCUCCAGACCCUUAAGCUCCAGUGCUCUUUGUCAGAACAGCUACCCCAUACCUAAGGGUAACUCUGACUUACUUAACAACAGCCAAACGUCCGUCUUAAGGAGCUGUAGUUCGACGCUGCUCUUUAACGGGUCUCAUCAGCAAAGACCAGAAAACAAUCAAAUUACAACAGAGAGAGUAGGAUUCCACAAUGCUUUUUCCUCUGCUGAAAGUCUUCUGCGUCAAUGUUCUGUAUCUCAGAACAGGUCCAGACAACAAGCCCUAUGCUCUCCUUCUUCUGAAUGUAAAGCAUCGCACAGCCAGCUCGACCAUAGUUGUAUUAUGUCCUCAUUAGAGUCUAAAACUUCUCAAAACAUCCAACUACAUAGCCAAGGUCAAACACAGGUUUUACAGACUGGGAAAUACAAGACCAACCUCAUUCAUAGCAGACAUAACCAACCGUCCAAAGUCAGAGACUCACUGCAAUCAAAUUCAGGUCCUUCAUUAGCUUAUCUACAGUCUUCACUGUCUAUCACUGACUCCACAGCCCGUAAACCAUGCAAGUCUAAGUCUCUCGGGGACCUGACCUCUGAAGACAUUUCCUGCAACUUUCAAAGCAAAUACAACAUAAUUAGUCGCAGUUUCAUCACUCCUCAUACAACAAGGCCAAAGCCUAUAGAUACAACAGGCAAACACUCUUUUCACACAAAGUCUAGUGAUACACUUACAGAACAGCUACGCAGACUGGUUAGCUUAGAGUUAGACGACGGUCUCAAAGAAAGACCACAGUCGACUCAGUUGCAACAAGAAGCGGAAAUCCAACCAGCACUACCCCAAGAAGCAAGUGUGUCUCCGAUUGUUUCCAGAGAUACGGACGAUUCCCCUCCUCCGAUGCUUGCCCGACGCCUGUCUUCGCGAAGCCAAAGCCGAGUGCGCCACAUCAACAGCCGUGCCCGCGAGAGACAACAAGAGGCCCUCAAAGCUCAGCCGGGAGUGGCAAUCAGUAACAGUGACAGCAUUGGUGGAGUAGUAUGGAGGAACAAACCAUCCCUGCAGAAUCAACCACCUAACAGACACUCCACUGGCUCCUACAUAGCAGGCUACCUAGAUGAGCUGGAGGACAGAGGACUCCCCGAAGGAGCCUGCACGUCGGUACGCUAUGGCAACGUGGACCAUUUCAGAGAUCGGUACUAUACAGAUGACUCUCUCUCACUUGGCAUCACUUCUCAUUCAGAAUCUGAACCUGAAGUCUACUUUCUACUCAGGUUGUAGGUGUGACUGUACCAUGACCUGGAACGAAGGACAAAGUACUUAACCUUCUGUAGAUUCAGUUAUACCAAAAGCCAGAAGACCAUUAAAAUGAAAUAUUGCACUUGUUUUAUCGACAUGUCUGGGCUGUUAAUAGUCUACAAUAUACUGUAAGUGAAAUGUUGCAUAUAAUCCACGGUUGGACCUGAACGCAUGAAAUGUCCACUUUCCUGUCAAGAAUGAUGUUGUUGGCUGUGUAUUGUCUAUAUUCUCCCUAAUGUGUAAAUGUACUUGGGGACUUUGGCUCCCUUCAAAUGGCUUCCUGAACAGAUUGUACAGAAUCUUGUAAUCUUUGUCCUUGCGUUGUACUGUCCAACGUAUGUACAAUAACAACGAAGCAAAAAAGAAAAAGUAAAAGCAGAGAAAUAAUGUCUUUCUUUGCAUCCUUUGAAUGUGUAGAUAACGAAGCGGCUACUUUUAAUAGAUGGGGUUCAUCUUUUCAUCUAUCAAACGUAAGUCUUCCUCCUCUUUUCAGUGGAAUUUCCUUAACUGUGUCGUUUAUAAAUGCCCCUGAUAGGAUUUUUCAUUUGAGGUCGGUUUUAGCAGAGAACCACUUUGAACUUUACAUAUAUGUUUGUGCAUGUUACAUGUGAACAUGUCAAGCAUGACUAUGCACUAGUUUAUACAGUAGAUGUUGGAUUACCCGAACACAUUUGCACAGAGCAAACAGAGGUUGUAGGCAUGUUUGUAUUAACAAUUAAAGUGCAAUACAGUUCAUUUAACUUCUCUACUUGGACUUGUUAACUCUCGACAACCUGUAGAAUUUGAUGGCAAAAAAGAAGAAGAAAAUUUAGAGAAUUGGAAUUUAAAGGUUUUUAUUUUUAUAAUUGCUUUGAUACAGACAGUGAAAAUACUCUUGUUCUUUCUGGUUAUUUUGUUUUGUACAACUUGACGGCCUGAGCGAAUGAAACGAUGGAUACACAGAGACAGACGAAGGAAGAGAAGACAACAAUGCUGUUGGUUUUUCUGUAGAGAAAGGUUCCAGUAUUACGCCACACUUGUUUUUUCUUUGUAUUGUUGCUCACUGCGGAACUGUGAGGAUUUUUCCUACCAAUGCAAUAAAAGAUAGAAAUAAUUGGUUUGAA